GUUCCAUUUUCGUGGCACAGAUGGUGCAUGCUCAUAACGAGGUUUUUAAGGUGGUCUGUCACCUCGGUCGCAGCCAUGCAGAAUGCGCGGCGGUUGCAGAGCAUUGGGGUGCCACACAUCAUUCUAUCUACUGUGCGCUUCGUGAUGCGUUUUGCAUGCCGCAACCAUUCUUCAGGACGUAAGCAUGGACUGAUGCAAUAGACUUGGACCCAGUGCCAGUGUGGGGCGUCCAGUAACCAAGCACCUGCUGCACACCCAUUGCAUCGCUUGCACGCACAUUGAUAUUCAUGCUGCCUGGACACAUGCACAAUGCGCGACGUCUAUUGAUGAGGAGAGCAAGGAGUGGCGGACAGCGGGCCAGGGUCCACUCAUGAGAUGACCUGGCCCGGGUUGGCGCAUGCCAUGUGAGGCGGGCGAUGAGGCUGGGCUCGGCUCGGGAGCGCUGCAGGACUCUGUGUGUGUUUGCGCGAGGCCGAGGACGCAGAUGAGCGCAACGCCAGGACUGGUGGAACGAUGCAUUCUCAAAGAUGUGUGCAAGUGUGUGCCGACCUGGGUUUCGCUUGAUGAGGAAAGGCACCGUGGUGUCGCGCGUAAGGCAGCACCGGUAAUUUAGGGUUUCGGAAGUGCAACGUAUCGCAUUGCGUCGGGGCCGCAGGAAAUAGUGUACAGGAGAACAAGCAGCAAGCCACGGGAUGAUUGGUGUUUGUGUGGUGGAGCAGCAUGGCUGUGGUAUGGGGUAUAAUUUGCAGGACGUUGGUGGGUGGAAGGCACGCAAAUCAGGGCAGGGUAGGGUUGACAGGGCAGGCGGAUUGGCGGAAGGCCCGAGAAAGUGCCACAGGUGUAGAGGGGUGGGAAUACCUGAGUGCGCAGAACCGUAUGAUGUGGGUUUCAGUGGAUGCAAUGGAGCAUGUGGAUGUGGCGGCUAAGGGUGCAGGCGCUCAAGAAUUGGAGGGGAUGUCGCUAAGGCGGCUGGUGUGCGGCGGCGGCGCUGGGAUCGGUAAAGGGGUGCUACAACCCACAGCCGUUGCCCAGGACGCCUGGAAAGGUUGCGAAGGCUGCGCUUGUGCAUGCUGCAUGCGGCGAAAGAAGAGGAUGGCUAUGGAUAAGGAGGAUCGUGAGAAGCCGAGGAUUCGAGAAGAUUACUCCUUACCUUUUCCUUAGAACCGUGUUUUUUUUGCGCCGCGUUGGGUCAGCGGCGUUGGUGACUUUCUGGGAUCUUUGUGCCGAGUAAAGCUUAGUUUGCUUACUUUGUUUUGGGUUGAGUUGGACGUUCUGGGCAUGGGACGGAUUACCCCGGGUGCCAUCGUUUUAAGCUGUUAGGUUGCGGUUUGUACGUUCCUGCGAUCCUAAGUGUUUGAACAGGAUGUGUGCGUGGAAUUCGUCGGUAUAUGCGCUUGUGGCUCCAUUCUGUAGGGCUGAGCCCUGUCCAUCUGAAGGUUUCGCUGGUUCCAAUAAAGAAGUAGAGACUCCAAAAGGGGCAAAGCAGAUGGACGCGGCUGGCUUCACGGGUUUCGGAUGGACGCUGUUUGAGAUUCCAGUGUGUGCGCCUCUCUUGUUCUGAAGGGGUUGGAACUUACCUCAGGUGUAUGGCACGUGAUUCCUGUUUGCCUCUUGUAGCGCGCCAGUAAAGUUGCAGGUGCAUAGCCGUGCAUGCGUUUGUACAGGAACGCCUAGAUGGGGUCAGGGCCUGGCGGUGGUGCAGUCUGCAGCCCGUUACCCUUUCUACUAUCAAUCAAUUGGUAGAUGAAUUCAUUACUGCAAACUUGCAGCAGGCCAGGACAAGUUCGAUGGCGGUUAAUGCCGGUAUGCCGGCCCGAUCCUAAAUGCUCACACGACUGCGGGCCGCGGCCACACACAUAUAACCAUGGUGGCGCGAGAGGGACAACACGCGGCCGCCUGCAUCGUAAUGAACAAGGUGGCAUAGCCCGCGAGAAGGCGAGGCGCAUGCAACCGUCUGUAACAAUAAAGCAGU